AUGGACUUGCCACUUAACUCAAAAGCUACACUCAAAGGCGCCUCGGUCAUGUUAUCACCGCAGACGGGAAGCUCUAGCACAGACACCCGAUCGCUGGCAAACAAGACCCAGAACAGGCCUCGUCACCGCAAGACGCGUACAGGCUGCUUCAACUGCAAGCGCAGACGCAUCAAGUGCAAGGAGGAACGACCAGCAUGCCACAAUUGUGUCAAAUCGGGAUAUACGUGCGAGUAUCCGGUCCAAGCCCGCCUUUACGCGGCGCCCGACCAAGUCCCAAGGUUUACUAUGCUGGAUAUGCACUUUUUCCAGCACUUUCUCCUGCAAUGUCGCCCAGUGUAUCCUCUUGGCAACGAACAGGUUUGGAAACACGAGGUCCUCUGCCUGUCCCGCCACGUGAGCAUGCUGCCCCAGACCCUAACCUUUGCAAUCCAACUUACACUUUCUCAUCAGCACGAUUUUCUUCUCUACGCUGUUCUUGGGUUUGCUGCCGCCGACUUGGAAGCCAAUGGCGCUACAAACUCAAGCCUCUCUGUACCAGCCAUGACGUAUCGGUGCAAGGCCAUUCAGCUCUUUCGAAAAGCCAUUGCAUCUUUUCAAGAGCCUGAAAAGACUCUCGAAGUCGCGGCGCCGACAGAAAGCAAGAACCCGAAACCCAGAAAGUUUGCCAAGAUUGCGAGUGAACCCAAGCCGCAGACCGAUUCGAAGCAUUACGGCCAGUCCAUCAUGUCUUCUGACCAAGGAAGCGCCCUUGUGGCAUCGUGCUACUUGCUCAUAGGACAAUCCCGGUACCUGGGAGACGGUAUACAGGAUUUCAUGACUCUCACACGAGGCUCUGCGUCGUUGCGUGCAGAAAUGAUACGGCUCAGAUUCCCGCCUCUGUUUCGAAACCUCGAGCCCGAGGAUUCCAUCGAGACGAUGCGCAGGUACCUACAAGAAGUGCCACCUCUUGACAAGCCGUGGAUUGGGUCCGGGGAAGCUUCCUUGGACAUGCUCAAGAUGAUCUGUGCGGACAAGUUGCAGCUGGCAUACGUCACCAACUUGGAAAAGGUUUUGCAGUACUCCAAAGUAGACUGUUUCAAGGUAUACACGAGCAUCAUGGGCCACUUUAUCUGGUGGCAGAGUCUGCCGUUUGGAGACUUUCAGCGCAUCAUUGACCUCACCGACCAAGUCAACAUUCUGUUAGCCACGCACUGGGUCGCUCUGAUGAUGAUCAUGUCCUUUUUGCACAAAGCAUCCACAAAAAUCAACAACGACUCCAGGAAUGGGUCGGAUACGCCUGCGCAAGGAAGCAUAGGUGCCAAGGCUCAGGCGCAAAAAAAAGGCAAGUGUACGGAGCCUUGGUACUACUGGCUCGCGUGUAUGAAUCGUUGGAUCAACGACGAUCAUCAGAAGUUUAAUACCUGGCCGCAAUGGGUGCAGGAUAGGCUAGAUGAAAAUGCCAUGUACUUUGAAUCCUAG